AUGGGGGGUGGCAACUCCAACAAGUCCUUCACCGACGCUAUGGCAGCUGUGGUGGCGGAGAUGUGCCCCAACCUCACAUCCCUCAUCUUGCGGAGCUGCACCAAGCUCACCGAUGCGGUAGUGGUGGCGGUGGCCGGCGGCUGCCCCAACCUCACAUCCCUCGACUUGGGCCACUGCACCAAGCUCACCGAUGCGGCAGUGGUGGCGGUGGCCGACGGCUGCCCCAAGCUCACAACCCUCAACUUGGACAGCUGCUCCAACAUCACCGAUGCAGCAGUGGUGGCGGUGGCCGGCGGCUGCCCCAACCUCACAACCCUCAACUUGCACGGCUGUCGCAACAUCACCGAUGCGGCAGUGGUGGCGGUGGCCGGCGGCUGCCCCAACCUCACAUCCCUCGACUUGUACAACUGCUACGACAUCACCGAUGCAGCAGUGGUGGCGGUGGCCGACGGCUGCCCCAACCUCACAUCCCUCAUCUUGGGCGACUGCACCAAGCUCACCGAUGCGGCAGUGGUGGCGGUGGCCGGCUGCUGCCCCAACCUCACAACCCUCAACUUGCACGGCUGUCGCAACAUCACCGAUGCGGCAGUGGUGGCGGUGGCCGGCGGCUGCCCCAACCUCACAUCCCUCGACUUGAACGGCUGCUCCAAGCUCACCGAUGCGGCAGUGGUGGCGGUGGCCGGCGGCUGCCCCAACCUCACAACCCUCAACUUGCACGGCUGUCGCAACAUCACCGAUGCGGCAGUGGUGGCGGUGGCCGGCGGCUGCCCCAACCUCACAUCCCUCAUCUUGGGCGACUGCACCAAGCUCACCGAUGCGGCAGUGGUGGCAGUGGCCGGCGGCUGCCCCAACCUCACAACCCUCAACUUGCGCGGCUGUCGCAACAUCACCGAUGCGGCAGUGGUGGCGGUGGCCGGCGGCUGCCCCAACCUCACAACCCUCAACUUGACCGCCUGCUCCAAGCUCACCGAUGCGGCAGUGGUGGCGGUGGCCGGCGGCUGCCCCAACCUCACAACCCUCGACUUGACCGCCUGCUCCGAGCUCACCGAUGCAGCAGUGGUGGCGGUGGCCGGCGGCUGCCCCAACCUCACAACCCUCGACUUGGGCAACUGCUCCAACAUUACCGAUGCAGCAGUGGUGGCGGUGGCCGGCGGCUGCCCCAACCUCACAACCCUUGACUUGUGGCGCUGCUCCAAGCUCACCGAUGCGGCAGUGGUGGCGGUGGCCGGCGGCUGCCCCAACCUCACAACCCUCAUCUUGCGGAGCUGCACCAAGCUCACCGAUGCGGCAGUGGUGGCGGUGGCCGGCGGCUGCCCCAACCUCACAACCCUCGACUUGACCGCCUGCUCCAACAUCACCGAUGCGGCAGUGGUGGCGGUGGCCGGCGGCUGCCCCAACCUCACAUCCCUCAACUUGGGCAACUGCUCCAAGGUUACUCUCGACUUGCAUCGCGCACGCACUGCCAUCGCCGAACCGGGCUUCCUUGCAUCGCAGCAUGCCCGUGCUCUGGUUGGCGUUGUCACUCUUGCGAACAGCCCAGAACUCCUUCAAGCACUGACUCACUUCUGCCAUCGAGCCCAUGUGCCCUCUCCAGUGCAUCUCAUGGCCCGCUGCAACGCUCUCUCUCCCGACACUCUCAACAUGCUCCUUGCCUACGGCGCAGACCUCUACGACCUCGACGAUGACAACAAGCACGCAUACGUGCAUUCGCCUGCAUCUUAUGCGCCAGCCUUUGUCGGUCUCAUGAUUGAGUCACUUCGGGCCAAUGCUGAUGGCGGGGACGAGCUGGCCAACGGUAUCAACAAGGCCACGCUCACCCUCUUCAUCGCCCUCCAUGCCAGUGACAUGACCCCGUUCCCCAUCCCUGUCUUCGCGUUCCUCAUCAACACGGGCGCCGACAUCAACGCCCUCGAACCAUCUCUUGGGCUGCGCCCCCUCCACAUUGCCGUCUCGCUCUCCAACAUCCAGGCAACCAUGGCGCUGCUUGCUGCCGGCGCCGAUGUGUGGUCUCUGGGCGCCAACGCCGAGACGGCUCUCGCCAUUGCGUCUACUGUGCUCAACAAGCCCGGUAGCGACACCAAUGCGGCUGCGAAGGAGGUCUACAAUCUCAUCGUCAACGGGGCCGUUCCCGAGCCAGUGGCCCUUUACGUGCGUGACACCAUCGUUGCCGGUGGCGACAUCGGAGGUGCCGCAGGCCCCUCGACUGGAACCGCCACGCGCGUGGACAAGCUAGAGGCCGAGCUCGCCGACACCAAGGCCAAGCUCGCUGCUACCGAGGCCGAGCUCGCCGCCGAGCUCGCCGACACCAGGGCCAAGCUCGCUGCCACCGAGGCCGAGCUUGCCGACGUCAGGGAUCACGUCACCAUCGCCACGGGCAACAUCGCUGCCUUCCAGACUGACCGCGCCAACAUCCUCCAAUACGUUGACAAUGCCAUCGCCGCCUUCCAGGCAAGCCGCUAG